AUGAUUCGCACCAAAGAGGAAUUUAGUGUCAAGGUGCUGAAUAAUGGACAAACCUUGAACUUCACCGGACCAAUGCCAGAUGAAGGGUUGAACCCGAAAGCACCGAAACGCAGUCAACAUCGAUGUUCGACUUGUGAUCCUACCAUAGGCCCAGCACUUCCAUUAUGGGAAGCGACAAAAUGUCUUUUUGUCCAAACUGCAUCCUCCUCCGUACCACCCUCACAAAUGAUUUUUGGAACACAAAUCGAUUCCAGUCUCGCUGAAAUUACUUGCUUCAGAUGCGACAUGUGGAACAACAAAUGGAUCUGCCAAUUCUGGGAGAAGAUUGGCGUUCAAUUGAAACCCAAACCACGUGGACUAACGAGAUUCGUGCUUCCUCAAUUGGUACGACGAAGUGGGAUCGUUACCCGAAAGGGAGGAUGGAUCAACAAAGAAAUGGAAAUUUUGGAGUUGAAU